AUGUCCAACUUUGCCCUCGACCCAGCGUUGAUGGGGCCGACCGCGUCGACCUCGUCGCUACCGUUGGAGAACUUGCACCACUUCAAUUCGCUCCGAACGUACCCCGUCGACGAUGAGUUCGCCGACGACUCGUUCGGGGAAGACGACGGCAGUAUCGACUCGCGCGACGACGAAUCCCACCAUAGCGACGACAGCAUCGAGGACGAUGGCGAAGGCGAGCAUACCGGCGAAGAUGUUGAGACGGAUGCAGAGGACGAGUAUAGGAUCGAGAUGGGCGAGGUUCAGCGCCCGCCGAAUGGCGCUUCCCAGGGCAAGGGCAAGGCCAGAGCGCUCAACCAAGACAGCGUGGACCAAGACGACGACGCCGAUCCCGAACACGGAGAAGGUGGCGGUGAUGAGGAAUUGAGGUCAGUGCUACUUUGACGACAUUGAUGGCUCCGGGUCGAGUCUGACCCUGGCCUUGAACGCGUUCUCGACAGCCGACUCGUCGCGGCCCUUCGAGACUCGGGAGCGUCCACUUCGGUAGGAGGCAGGACCGCGCUCGACAAGGCCUUUGAUCGCUCGAUCGAAGAAGAACUCGACGGCAUCGACGACCCUUUCAACAACGGUCUUCCCAACCCCAAGAAGCGGCGCAUCGUCGUAAGUCGCGCACAUCGCCGGCGAACAGCGAACAGACAGGAUUUUCAACUGAGGUCCGCUAAUCGAGCCUUGUUCUGACACAGCCCCGUCGCCCCGAUGCGGAACCCUCGAACGAGGUCAAGGUCAUGCUGGGUAGUGCGAAUCGAUAUUACGCCGAAGGGCACGUCGACCAAGCCCGCGAGAUCCUGACCGAAGUCGUGCGCAUCGACCCGGCGAUCCGACAAUCAUGGAUGACGCUCGCAACGAUCGAGGAAGAGUUGGGCAACUAUGACAAGUCCAUCACGUUCAGGAUUGUCGGAGCACAUUUACUGCCGAUCAAAAAGUCGUCGCUUGAAUGGGCUGCGCUCGGUGCUCAAUCUCGGUACGUAAGAACGAGUCCAUGAAUUCUUGACCCGGUCUAACUCGGGAUGUCCCAUACCGUCGCAGUGACAAUGGUCUUUUGCACCAAGCCAUCUACUGUUUCACUCAAGCCAUUAAGGGCGACAAGGAGGAUGUCGACUCCAUGUGGGAUCGAGCCGUCUUGCUCAAGAUGUCCGGUAGCACCACCUUGGUAAGUCGAGUCGGAUGGUCGCGGCGUGGACCCUAAAGCGCGUGAACUGACCACUCCAAGCCCUGCAGGCCAUCACCGCUUUCACUGCGCUUCUCAACGUCAUCCCCCAUGACCCCGGGGUCCUGCGUGAACUCGCACCCUUGCUCGCCGCGACGGAACAACACGCCCGAGCGACGACGCUCUUCCUCGCCGCCUUUGACCACUACCGCAAACUCGUACCCCACAUCACACCGCGCAACAUCGAGCGCAUCAACACCUUUGGCUACCAGGAUAUCGAAACGAUCGCCGAUUUUCUUUCCAUUCAGAAACUCUACACGCGGUGCGUGAGCGUCAUUCGCACGGGCGUAAGGUGGUUGCAAGGGAGGGAGAAGGAGACGGCGUGGGACGCGCUCGAGGAUGAUCGCGAGUACGACGUCAUGCGCAAGGCGCGGAUCGGGUGGGAUAAUGAUCCAGCCACGAGGCAUUUGGAAGAUGCGGAAGUGUACGACCUUGAUGUCCGGUUGAGGUUGAGGCUUGGUGUUGCGAGGAUUGGGGAGGGGAGGGUCGAGGAGGCCAAAGUGAGUUGCCGGCUUUCAUGGAUCUUCUCACAGAAGGUGGUUCGAUGCUGAAUACUGGUGGCAUGGGGUCGACGAGGAUACAGCGACAUUUUGCGAUCGUCCUGCAGGAGGAUGUGGCCGAUUUUCCCGAGUUGUGGGGUGCCAUCGGGGACGCCUACUUUGAGCGCGACAUGUUUGAGGACGCGCUCGAGAUCUUUCAGGAAAUGGCAGAGGAUGAGAUUGUGAGUCUAUCCAGCGUGUGAUGAUUUCGCUGGAAUUGACUAUUGACCAGGAUCGUUGACAGACCAACGGACCGGCCGUGUGGGCCAAAGUCGGCGCUUGCCACUUUGAAACCCGUGAUUUCGAAGAUGCACUCGAAUGCUUCCAGGCUGGUCGGUCGCUCCCGAAACUGAUAUGAACAAAUGAAGACUCUAAUGCUGAUGGGUGAAUAUGCGUCGCAGUUAUGGAGGAGCAACCCGAAAACUUGACGGUCAAGAUGCAGCUCGCUCGAACUUGGGAGCAGCUCGACAAACCCGGCAAAGCCCUGGAGCUCAUUCACGAGAGUGAGUGACCGGCCCGGCCACAUGCCAGCUCAACAACACCAGUGCUGAUUAUUCUCCCUACGUGUCUUUGCAGUCGUCGAAGUGCGCCGACAAUUGCGUGACGCCGGCCAGCUGAGCGAAUUGGCUCGAGUGCCGAGCACCCGCGGUGCUCGCCGCGGCGCCACGCAGGCCCGAUCUUCGACCAUUCGCCCGCACGUGACCCCGGCCGAACGCGCCGCUCGACGCCAGAACGCCGCCACGGUCGAACGGCAACGCCACCAAGAGUUCACCCUCGCGGUCGAGACUUUGCGCAAGCUCGACGACGACGUCGAAGCCGAGGAUGCGGAGGCGAUCACCGAGUGGCUCGAGGUUGCGACGUUCCUUGUCGAUGCGUUCCGCGAGACCAAGUCGUUGUUCCCGAGCGAUGGGAGGAAACGCUUCAUGGGGGCGAUGCGCAGGCAGUGGAAGAGGAAGGGUGGGAAUGAGAUGGACAUUGAGAAGCAGGCCGACGAGAUGGCUUCGCGGUUGGAGAGAACCCUGGGUCGGUUCUUGCUCUUUCUUGUGUGAGCCUUGCGGCCACUGACCCUCUCUUUUGGUGGUCCCCGCAGUCGAUAACGACGAUGACAACCUGGCGAUCGACUCGUUCCGAGGCAUCAGCUUUGACGACUGGCUGAAAUUGAUCAUCAAGGUAAGAGUCGCCUUGCUCUUCCCAGGCCGUCACCCACCAAAAUGUAACGAGAGUCGUCCUUCGACAGUACUCCUUCUUGCUCAUCAAGAACGACGAGGCCGAAGCCGGGCUCGAAACCCUCAAGCACACGCAGAACGCCGGUCCGUUCAAACACUCGGAAACGCGCUCGCUCUCCAUCUGGCUUGCCCUCGCCGCGGGCUACAACUACCUCCGCAACUACGGCGAGGUCGUCAUGAUUGCUCGCCGCAUCUCGCUCCGUCGACAAUUCCAAUCCGAGCCCCUGCGCUUGCUCCACGCCCUCUUGCCGGGUGGGGUCGCCGCAAUCGAGGCCUUCAACUCGACGAGGCUGGCCAAGUAUCAGAUGCGCCAACUGAUCAUGCUCGAACGCAUCUCUCGAGGCGCCGAGGUGCGCGUUGGUGCCAAUGGUACGAUCGUGAUUAAGUCUUUGGGAGUCGACAAAGACAUGGACGGGGAUGACGAGGAUGAAGAUGUGGUCGGUGCUGGUGGGCAUGGGUCGCUACCGAGCUUUGUACCGACCGUGCCGAACCCGUGGUACAACUACGUCUACGCGUGCAUGCUAGAGACGUCCAGGAGUUAUCAAUCGGCUCUCCGUGAGUUGAAUGAGAGGGUUGGCGUCGAGCAUUUGACUUCACAGGCUGAAUACAACCGACUCCGCUUCCUCUUGUCUCAGAGUAUCUGCUGCGAGCUUACGAGCGGAUGCCAAGGCAGCCCUUAAUCAACCUCACGAUCGGGAUUGUCUACAUCCAUCGCGCCAUGACGCGUGCGACCGACAAUCGACAGCACCAGAUCGCUCAGGGGCUCGCCUUUUUGAGCCAGUACCGAGCGAUCAAGGGGAGGUGUCAAGAGGUCGAGUACAACUUCGGUCGUGUCUUUCAUCUGCUAGGUGAGUGCUUUCCUACUCUGAGACGCGAAAGUAUCGGUACUAACGCUGUGCUUCGUCAUUGUAGGCCUUCAAUCUUAUGCGGUGAGACACUACGAGGCCUGUCUGGCGAUCGCGGCCGAGGACCGCAAGGCUCGGAUGCACCUCGAUGGUGAUGACGCGGAGGACGAGGACGGCGAAGACGACUUUACGCGCGUCGCGGCAUACAACCUCUCGAACCUGUACAUGCUCUCGGGCGAGCCCGACCUAGCCAAGGUGAUCGCGCACAAGUGGCUGUCGUUUUGA